AUGGGGUGGCCAUCAAGACCUCGGAUGCGGAGGCCACACCUAAAGUCCAAGAAUGGCUGUCUUAACUGCAGAAAACGUCGAGUAAAGGAAGCCCUUCCUGAGAUUGGUUUUCGAUAUCCAUUCGUCUUGCAUGCUUUACUAGGCCUCGCCGCCCUACAUAUUGCCUACCAAUCUCCAACAGAGCGAACGCGAAGUUGGCUAGUUGGCAUGCAUCAUCAUAACGAGGCCUUGACUGGGUUUCAGAAAGAGAUUUCUCUCAUCACCGAAGAGAACAGCGAAGCGUUAUUUACAUGGUCUAUAUGCAACGUUCUAUAUAUCUUUGCUACAUCCAAUCCACUUCGGCAGCUUGUAGACGGAAACCCUAGGUCGUCGACAUCAGUACAGAAGGAGAAGGUUUUAGGUACAGAAUGGAUUCCUAUGAUCCGUGGUUUGAGGGCUGUGCUUGAACCUACCCAUAAUUACUUCCGUUCUGGGAGAAUGAAGGCUAUAAUGAGUCUGGGUAAUUGGGGUGAACUCGACCCGGAUCAAGACAGCCAGGGCCCUGAAGACGCCUAUUUCUGUCGCGCCCGUGAGUCUUGGGGCAACUCCGAUCGUGCCGAAGUCUAUGAAGAGGCGCUGCAAAUCCUUCGCAAAUGUCGACUUUACUCGUCGCAGUUCCGCGAAAUGGACUCGGAGACAAGAAGCAACUGGGGAUAUAACAAAGAGUGGUCUGCGCCUCUGAUAUUCAUUCAUUUUGCACCCGACUCAUACUUCUCCCUCCUGCAGCAGAGACAGCCGCCAGCUUUAAUCCUGUUUUCCCUGUUUGGAGCACUCCUGCAUGGCGUGAGGAAUUACUGGUUCUUAGAAGGCUGGGGGAAAGCGAUAGUGGAAGUAAUAGCAGAUGUCCUUGGGAGCUACUGGAAAGAAUGGUUGCUAUGGCCUUUGCAGGUCAUUCAGGACUAA